AUGGAGGGGAGGAGUGUUCUGAGGCGUGCUCAAUCUCUACGGAGCGUCUCUACGGCUGACGGAGACAAGCCCACCUGGGCGGAGGCGGGGUUUAGGGACAGGAUGAAGUCCAUCUCCUCCGUAUCUCAGACCAGGUGAGAGGAACCAUGACCUUUACCAUUUAACCACUAACUCAAUUACAAGCUCCACAGGCACCAGGUUGAGUCCAUUCCAACUGAAGUCAGUCAAUUCAGGAAGUAAACUGAAAUUACAAUGAAAACAUUUAUUUUAUUUUCAAUGACUUAACAAUAAACCGAAGAGGAGAAACUAUUCAUUUAAAAACGUUUUACCUUUUUUUUUUUUUUUUUGUCACUUACUGAAUUGACUGACUUAAAAUGUAAAUUGUCUCUGACCCCGCUUUUAACUCUCUGGCUCAAUGACAACCUCCAUAGGUACAUAUCUAGGAUCAGCUGACUUUUCUUAAAUCCUAGCCUUAACCAGUAGCUGAUGGAAAAGCUAAACUGACAUAUCACUGUCCGGGGUAAACUUAAUCUCACUCCGAAUUGCUUGAGCAUUGCAAUGUUUGUUUUGGUGAAUUAGCUUACAGAGUAUUUAUGAAGGAUUUGUCUUGUUCACAUAACAGAUACCAAGCCAGCCCUUCAGUGGAGGUCCCCACUCCGAACCAUGUGGAGCACAGGACUGAGGUGAAACAUCACACCAUAUUUCAUGUCAUCGAUGUCUGAUUGUCGACUUCCUCAGGAUGGACACUGAUCUGUCCAUCUGUCUUCUUCUGAUUAUUUUUCCACCAGAGAACCCAGCAUCAGUCCUCCUUCUCAUCCGUCAGUGAGAAAACAAAGCUGGAGUCCCUGAUGAGAAACAAUGGAGAGAAGACCAGGAUCCAGCCCAGUGUGUCUGAAGUGAGGGAGAAGACCUGCGGGUCGACCAGCCUGUCAAGGGAGAAGUCCCAGAGGUCGACCAGCCUGUCAAGGGAGAAGUCCCAGAGGUCGACCAGCCUGUCAAGGGAGAAGUCCCAGAGGUCGACCAGCCUGUCAAGGGAGAAGUCCCAGAGGUCGACCAGUCUCUCCCGCAGUGAGUCCAUGUCCAGUCUCCCUGGCCCCUCUCCCAGAGCCGACCCGGCCGGGGGGAUCGGAGCCCUGAAGGCUCUCUUUGAGUCAAAGGUCACCAAGGGGGAGGUGAAGAGCAUCAUGGGAGCUGUAGGCCAAACACCACCGCGUCCCAAGAUGGCAGCUGCGGCCCCAGCCGUCAACGGGUUGGUGGAGGAGAGAAAGAGACCUAUAGAGGAGAAAGGGUCACUGACAGCUGUACCAUCACCUGCACCACCAGCUAGACAGGUGAGGGUGUGUUCCUUAGCCAAACAAAUCAAACCAAUCAAAUCACAUUUUAUUUGUCAUAUGCACCGUGAAAUGCUUACUUACGAGCCCUUAACCAACAAUGGUGAGGUAAUUGAGGUAAUAUGUACAGUACCAGUCAAAAGUUUGGACCACACCUUACUCAUUCAAGGGUUUUUUCUUAUUUUAAUUUUUUUUUUUACAUUGUAGAUAGAAUACAUGAGUGCAUACAUCAAACGAUGAAUAACAACAUAUGGAAUAAUGUAGUAACCAAAAAUGUGUUACAAAAAAAAUAAUUUAUGUUGAGAUUCUCAACAGCCCCCUUUGCCUUGGAUGGAAUACUUCGAGCCCUUAGUUAUAGUUAGUCACUAUACAGGGCUGAGUUUUCCAUCAUCGCCCACGUCCACUGUUGGUUCAUCGCCUUCGCAGCCGCGCACCGGAGACUCAUGGCGCGACAAUUGCCCAGGUAGGAAUGCCGCUCUCAGUAUAGAGGCGGAAGCCAGUUGUGGGUUCGUUCCUCAGGGGCCGAAAAAAAAGUUAACUAACUGUCAUGUCACACCAGUACGUCAUGGUAGGUGUGUUCCUAGCCAAAAAUCAAAGAUCAAAUCGCAUUUUCAUGGCGAAGUUCACUCGAUGCAUUUACUAAAAAAACCUAUGAAAUUAAAAGUUAUGGUAUUUGAGAUAAACUCAGUACAUCAAAGUUUGGACUGCACACAUAUAGUUUUUCUAUAUUUUUCAAUGAAGCAUUUAGUAGCUCAAAGCAACUCAGGGUACACACGGUGUAGCCGAGGCAUAUUUCCAUACCAUCAAGUGUUACUCAAUACAACCAAGAGAUUUAUGUUUGAGAUUCUCAACACCCCCUUCCUAGAUACCGAUUUUGAAACUUCGCAAGCAUGUUCUCCAGCCUUCAGUGCAUGACAGAAUGGCAGCUCCGAAGGAGUUCAUCCAUGAACCUCUUCCAACAAUAGUGUAAAAGAAGGAGCAUAACAAGAAAUGCUUACUUAAAAAUAUAGUAAAAAAAGAAGGGAAAAAAAUAGAAAAAUGUGCUAAAUAAACUAAAGGAAAAAUAGUUAUACAAUAAAAUAGCAAUAACGAGGCUAUAUACAAGUUGUCCACUCAAUCAAAGGAUCAGAGAAUGAAUCUAGUACUGAAAGCAUAAGCUACAGCUAGCUAGCUAGCUAGUUAGCACUGCAGCCCUUACAAAAAUGUACCAUGAAUAAAAUCAAAAUACCAUGGUUUUGUCCUAGCAGCAUGUAGUGAAACAUGAUGGUCUGUGUCCCACCGUUUUUUCGGGUAAAGUGACCAAAAACGUAGUAAUUUAUAGUAUUCACAUAAUGCAACAUUGACUACUCGCUCUGCAAUGGCAAAGCAUAGGCCUAGUACCCUCUUCAACCUCUUUAACUCAGUGAAAAACCACAACACACAUGGUCUAGUAGUGAACCCUCUUCAACCCUGGGACCUGGAUAGGGUAUGGUGAGAAGAAUGAAGGGAGUCUGAAACCUUGAAGAUUUAAAAUAGUUUGUUUAGUUGGUGCUUCUCUCUUCAAUACACUUUUUUGUUGGCUCUCACUCAUUCAACUGACUUGGCUACACUUAUACAAUUCUAAAUAGCCAAUAUACUAAAAAAAAACAAUUCUAAAAAAGGUAUUAAUUAUCAUCUUAUCUGCUUUGCUUUAUCUUGGCCAGGUCGCAGUUGUAAAUGAGAACUUGUUCUCAACUGGUUUACCUGGUUAAAUAAAGGUGAAAUAAAAUAAAUAAAAAAUAAAUCUCAUAGAUACAUUUUCAUCAUGUAAUUGUCAACAUAUCCCUAAAAACAGUUAGUUACAAUGUUUCCCUUUGUUUACACUGUGUGAACGUUCGUUGGUCCUGUCGCCAUGACUACAACAGGCUAGCUUGACUGGAGCUAACUUUAGCUGAUGUUAGCUUCUAUCCUAACAGACUUAGAAAUUUAAACUAUCAUAACAUAAAAAAAUAACUGUAUCAUUACACUCCGCUUAACUUGGUGUUUCCUAAUGUUUAAAAUAUUUUCUUUACCUUUUUAGUCAUUUAGCAGACGCUCUUAUCCAGAGCAACUUACAGUUAGUGAGUGCAUACAUUUUCAUACUGGCCCCCCGUGGGAAACGAACCCACAACCCUGGCGUUGCAAGCGCUAUGCUCUACCAACUGAGCUACAGGGGACUGACCAACUGGGACCAACAAUAGUAGCCUGCCUCUGACCUUAUCAGAAACAUUCCCAUACUGGUAUAUACAUUCAUCAAUAUAAUACCAACCAACCUCUGUUGACCUUGGGGGGUUAAUUUAUUUAAUGCAUUAUACUGCCAUAGUACUAUGGUAACGCACAAUUAAUAAAGAUGGUACCAUAUGAACAUUAUUGGUACCAUAUGAUCAUUAUUGGUACCAUAUGAUCAUUAUUGGUACCAUGUUAGAAUGUAUAAUGCAGGUUAAAACCAUGGUAUUUCCAUGAUCCACAUCUACCAUGGUAUAAAUGAUGCAAUACCAUUGAAUUAUUUAGGUGCGUGGCAGUACCAUGGUAGUACCCUCAUACUUCAAGGCUAAAACCUUGGUACAUUUCCAUGAUUCAGACUAUACCGUGGUAUCAGUGAAAGUACCACAGUAGUACCUAAGGGGUUGUUGACUCAAAGAGAGAGAAAGAGUAGUUGAACAGUUUAGAACAAAUUCAUUUCUUUAAAAAAUGAAGGAGAAGCAAGAGAGAGCGCUCGCUAGCUAGCAAAUGCAGCUAGCUAGUUUAGCCUACUUAAACACCCGGCUCAAACAGAGAGGGAUGCCAUGUUAGCUAGCUGCCUAUGGCUAUUCAACACUGGAACUCUUCCAAGUCAAGGUAAGCUUUUGGUUUUAUUAAUUUAUUGCCACCGGGGCCCGCCGGUGUAACUGCUAAUCUGCUUGGUGUACGCUGUACUGCAUGAUCGUAACGGGUUUACUAACGCGUUACUUCUAGACGCUAUGCUGACUAUGACGUUAGCUAGCUAAUAUGGUGACAACGAUGUAGGCUGUGUGUAGCGGUUAUGGUAUGAAGGUUUGGCUUGAAAAGCUGUAUUCGCCUGGUCACAGACAGUUGUGUUGUGCAAUGAAGUUCACAAGCAAAGGGAAAAGGUGAUAGGAGGAGAGCGCAUAGACGCGAGAAGGAAUUAUAGAAUGAGCAAAGUGAUCAUGCUGUUUGUAUGUGGCUGUGUUACGAACCCCGUGGCUUUAAACGUCUAGGGUGGAUGAACAUGAGACCCUGUAUCCGUAACAGGCUGCUAAGAAUGUGAGCUGUGUUUGCGGGUGAUCCGGGGUGUAUUCAUUCCGGAUUCUGUUGAAAAAAAAUUCUUAAACGGAAGCAAACUGGGAUAAACAUACCAGAAUUUGUCCAAUAGAAACUCUAGUUUGCAACAGUUGGACUAAUGAUUACACCCUAGGUCAGCUAGAUGCAGGCCAGAGUGUGCAAGGCGGUAUUGAAUGUGUAACUGUCUGUCACCUUCAUUACUAAAAUAAUUAUCUCAACCUGUGCACCUACGUUGUAAACUUUAAUUCAUAGGCUAGGUUGUAGCAACCUCGUGAUGGGUACAGGGAAAAUGUGAGUAUCAUGUAGUAGCCUAAACCUAUCCAUGUUACAUUGAACUGGGUGAAUGGAAUAUGAAUGACAGUCAUCCAAUAUGCCAAAAUAGAAAUAAGGCCAUGCUCAUAAAAAAAUGUAUCAUCUUCCCUGAUCAUAAACGGCACAGACCGACACUGGUCUACAGGUGAGUGUGUGGAGGUUAGCCAAUCUAAAGGUGCAUGUGUAUUGAUGAAUCACUUUACUGGGUUAAUUUGGCUAGCAGAGGACAGUGUCCAUGGUGUUAUUCCAGUAACCAUGGUAUUAUUCCAGUAACCAUGGUAUUAUUCCAGUAACCAUGGUGUUAUUCCAGUAACCAUGGUGUUAUUACAGUAACCAUGGUUCUACUGCAGUUCUACUGCUAAUAUACUGUAUCAUGUCUGGUGAUUAGCAGUGACAUCAUCCUAACACUGUCAUGUCUGUAGGUGGGGAGUAUGACUCGCUCAGAGAGGAGGAAGACCAUCAGUGGUGUCAAUCUGGACAAGAUAUCUACAGCAUCUCAGGAUGGUGAGUAACUACAGCACUGUUCUAGUCAUCAUAUCAUGUGAUUUACAUUUCAUCAGUAAUGUACAAGAUUAUAUACUGUACUCAGGUCAUACAGAUCUCCACAACAGUCAACCUUUUUGUGUAUAUAUAGUGUAGAUACAGUAAAGUAUGUGGACACCCCUUCAAAUUACUGGAUUCGUCUAUUUCAGCCACAUACAUUGCUGACAGGUGUAUAAAAUCAAGCACACAGCCAUUCAAACUCCAUAGACAAACAGUGGCAGGAGAAUGGACUUACUGGCACCGUCAUAGGAUGCCACCUUUCCAACUAGUCAGUUUGUCAAAUUUCUGCCCUACUAGAGCUGCCCCGGUCAACUGUAAGUGUUGUUAUUGUGAAGUGGAAACGUCUAGGAGCAACAACGGCUCAGCCAAAAAGUGGUAGACCACACAAGCUCACAGAACGGGACCGCCGAGUGCUGAAGCACGUAGCGCUUAAAAGUUUAGAGUUCCAAACGGCCACUGGAAGCAACAUCAGCACAAGAACUGUUCGUUGGGAGCUUCAUGAAAUGGGUUUCCAUGGCCGAGCAGCCGCACACAAGCCUAAGAUCACCAUGCGCAAUGCCAAGCAUCGGCUGGAGUGGUGUAAAGCUCUCCGCCAUUGGACUCUGGAGCAGUGGAAACACGUUCUCUGAAGUGAUGAAUCACACUUCACCAUCUGGCGAAUGCCAGGAGAAUGCUACCUGCCCCAAUGCAAAUCAAUUUAUAAAAUUUUUGACAUGCGUUUUUCUGGAUUUUUUUGUUGUUAUUCUGUCUCUCACUGUUCAAAUAAACAUACCAUUAAAAUUAUAGACUGAUCAUGUCUUUGUCAGUGGGCAAACGUACAAAACCAGCAGGGGAUCAAAUACUUUUUUCCCUCACUGUACAUGUAGAGAGACAGAGGGGCGCUGUUUCGCUCGCUCGGAUGCUUUCUCCUGUGAGAUACAUUCAGCCUUGAAGGAAAAUUAUUAAAACACAGAGAGACGAAAGAUGAAUUAAUUUAUGUUUUUUAAUUUCUUUCUUGGUCCAUUUUUUUUAAAGUGAAGCCUGGCUUCCCUUGGCAUCCAUUAAUACACACCACUGAUUUAAAACUCGUUCAUUGUGAUAAAAUAAUGUUACUACAGUAGAACUACAGAAAGACUGGUGAUUCUAACAUGCAUUGACUCGGGGUGGGAAUACUGAUGUAAAUGAGAUAUUUCGGUAUUUCAUUUUCAAUACAUUUACAAGAAUAUCUAAAAACAUAUUUUCACUUUGUCAAUAUGGGGUAUUGUGUGUAGAUGGGUGAGAAUUCAGGCUGUAACAACAACAAAAUGUGGAAUAAGUCAAGGGGUAUGAAUACUUUCUGAAGGCACUUAAUGUAUUUCAAAAACCUAUGUGAUACUGUCUGAACCAUUAAAAGGGUAAACUCCGCCAGUCUUUCCUAGAGAGGCCUCCCUCUAGCUCUCUCCUCUGUUAUCCUAUUGGUCUUCGUACCAUGUUAAUGAGACGUGCUGUGACUCUAACUUCGAGAUACUGUAGCAGUCAGAAUGACAUGCGUUGUGGAAUCAGUCAGAUAGCAUGUUGUCUAUGUUGUCUUUGGGUUUUUAUAAGCUGAAGUGAGGUGAGAUUCUUCUAUAGACUCAACUGUGUGAAUCACAAAGCCCUGAUUCUUCUAUAGACUCUACUGUGUGAAUCACAAGCCCUGAUUCUUCUAUAGACUCUGUGUGAAUCACAAAGCCCUGAUUCUUCUAUAGACUCUACUGUGUGAAUCACAAGGCCCUGAUUCUUCUAUAGACUCAACUGUGUGAAUCACAAGGCCCUGAUUCUUCUAUAGACUACUGUGUGAAUCACAAGGCCCUGAUUCUUCUAUAGACUACUGUGUGAAUCACAAAGCCCUGAUUCUUCUAUAGACUCUACUGUGUGAAUCACAAGGCCCUGAUUCUUCUAUAGACUCUGUGUGAAUCACAAAGCCCUGAUUCUUCUAUAGACUCUACUGUGUGAAUCACAAAGCCCUGAUUCUUCUAUAGACUCUACUGUGUGAAUCACAAAGCCCUGAUUCUUCUAUAGACUCUGUGUGAAUCACAAAGCCCUGAUUCUUCUAUAGACUCUACUGUGUGAAUCACAAAGCCCUGAUUCUUCUAUAGACUCUACUGUGUGAAUCACAAGGCCCUGAUUCUUCUAUAGACUCUACUGUGUGAAUCACAAGGCCCUGAUUCUUCUAUAGACUCUACUGUGUGAAUCACAAGGCCCUGAUUAUUCUAUAGACUCUACAACAUUUUCAUAGAAGAAGCAGUCUCUUCUUUUCGAAAAGUGUGCGCUGUGUCUUUAAGAAAUUAAUGACUUCAUUCUUGAGGCAGAAUGUGGCUGUGGAAUCUGACUUUGUGGCUGUGGAAUCUGACUUUGUGGCUGUGGAAUCUGACUUUGUGGCUGUGGAAUCUGACUUUGUUGGCUGUGGAAUCUGAUUUUGUGGCUGUGGAACCUGACUUUGUGGCUGUGGAAUCUGACUUUGUGGCUGCGGAAUCUGACUUUGUGGCUGUGGAAUCUGACUGUGGCUGUGGAAUCUGACUUUGUGGCUGUGGAAUCUGACUUUGUGGCUGUGAAAUCUGACUUUGUGGCUGUGGAAUCUGACUUUGUGGCUGUGGAAUCGGACUUUGUGGCUGUGGAAUCGGACUUUGUGGCUGUGGAAUCUGACUUUGUGGCUGUGAAAUCUGACUUUGUGGCUGUGGAAUCUGACUUUGUGGCUGUGGAAUCUGACUUUGUGGCUGUGGAAUCUGAUUUUGUGGCUGUGGAACCUGACUUUGUGGCUGUGGAAUCUGACUUUGUGGCUGCGGAAUCUGACUUUGUGGCUGUGGAAUCUGACUGUGGCUGUGGAAUCUGACUUUGUGGCUGUGGAAUCCUUGGACUUUGUUGCUGUGAAAUCUGACUUUGUGGCUGUGGAAUCUGACUUUGGCUGUGGAAUCGGACUUUGUGGCUGUGGAAUCGGACUUUGUGGCUGUGGAAUCUGGACUUUGUGGCUGUGGAAUCUGACUUUGUGGCUGUGGAAUCUGACUUUGUGGCUGUGGAAUCUGACUUUGUGGCUGUGGAAUCUGACUUUGUGGCUGUGGAAUCUGACUUUGUGGCUGUGGAAUCUGACUAAAGCAGUGAAUGACCAGGUGGAGCAGGCUGUUUGCUCUUCACACUAUAAAGAGGCUGCUCUGAUAGGCACACUUGAUCCUCUCAAUCACGUGAGACACAUUUGGCAGAAGUACCGAACGUAACACAAAUUCUAUAACCGUUUUGGGUUUUUUUUUGUAUCUAAAAAGUUUUGGUAUACCGUGCAACACUAGUUUUUAUACUGAUGUGUUCUGCACUAGAGCAUAUUAUGAUAUAGCUGUCCACGCUGAGUGAGAAGUGGACCAAAGACACUACAAUAUGAAGAUUGGCAGAAACUGCUUCUCCAAUAGAAAUCCCCGAUCACACUUGUAGGCGAUGUCAUGGCUUGUGUUGGCUAGCUAAGCUCAUGCGUAGAAACACGUCAUCGGGUCUAACGGUUGUCUCGCGCCGAACUGCGCAUGCACAGGCCGUCAAAUCAAAGGCAGUCCGUCGAUAUAAACGUGUCAGUUUGUCACUUUCAGGAAGUUGGAGUAAUACCAUGAUCAAUUACUGAAGACAUUGGCUCCAAUCCAGGUUCUGCCUUUAGAUUUGGAGAAAAUUAACAACUAAGGAAGAAUAUUUCACUUCUCUCAUUGACUUCUGAAACCCCAAACUCCAGCCUGGUCUGAUUGGUCUGAUUGGUCUGAUUGGUCUGAUUGGUCUGUUUGGUCUGAUUGGUCUGUUUGGUCUGUUUGGUCUGAUUGGUCUGUUUGGUCUGAUUGGUCUGAUUGGUCUGUUUGGUCUGUUUGGUCUGAUUGGUCUGUUUGGUCUGAUUGGUCUGAUUGGUCUGAUUGGUCUGAUUGGUCUGUUUGGUCUGAUUGGUCUGAUUGGUCUGUUUGGUCUGAUUGGUCUGAUUGGUCUGAUUGGUCUGCUUCGCAAGUGUUCCCGGAAGUCUCGCGAUGUUGCGCCUCUGGGUUUAGAAACUCUGUGAGUGGACUGAUACGUAUAGGUUAGGGCUGCAUACAGUACAUUAAGAUAAACUAUCAUCACAAUGAAGAAACUGGUGUGAAUUUACUGUGCAUCACGGCUAAGAAUGUCUUGUAAGCUAUCAAUGGGAAAGUGUGUGCAAAAAAAAACUUGAAGAAUUGUAUAAUACAACAACUUACAUAAAUACCUUCCAAUACCCACACAUCAGUAUCCAUCUCAGGUUCUGCCACUCUGACUGGAGCCUCUCAGAGGUAGAGCGCUGAACACAUGAUCUCACCACUCACCCUCCAUCUGACGCCAGCUCUGUCUGUCCCUCCCUCUGUUUCCGUAGAUGACAAGAGGAAGUCGAUCUCAGACCUCAGAGACGGCAGCUCCUCCUCCUCCAACCCGGCCAGGGAGAAACCGGACGCUUCUGUCUCUGUCAGAGCCAUAUCUGCUCUCUAUCUGUCCAAGGUAGCGGCUGCAGAGUCAACGGUUAGUGCUCCUCUGAGAUGUGUCGUCUCAUUGGCCCUGAGGUUACAGGGGUAUCUUAUCUAUGAGCUAUAGAACUAUGUCCAUCUUAUCUCAAGGAUCUAUAGAUCAGGACUCUCCAACCCUGUUCCUGGAGAUCUACCCUCCUGUAGGUAGGCGCAGACUCCCGAGUGGUUCAGUGGUCUAAGGCGCUGCAUCGCAGUGCUAGCUGUGCCACUAGAGAUCCUGGUUCGAGUCCAGGCUCUGUCGCAGCCGGCCGCGACCGGGCGACGCACAAUUGGUCCAGCGUCGUCCAAGGUAGGGGAGGGUUUGGCCGGCAGGGAUGUGGGUUCGUUUCCCACGGGGGGCCAGUAUGAAAAACAAAAAAAAACAAAAAAACGUAUGCAUUCACUAACUGUAAGUCGCUCUGGAUAAGAGCGUCUGCUAAAUGACUAAAAUGUAAAUGUAGGUUUUAACUCCAACCCUGUUCCUGGAGGGUGCUCUCCAGGAACAUGGUUGGAGUUAAAACCUACAGGAGGGUAGAUCUCCAGGAACAGGGUUGGAGUUAAAACCUACAGGAGGGUAGAUCUCCAGGAACAUGGUGAGUUAAAACCAACAGGAGGGUAGAUCUCCAGGAACAGGGUUGGAGAGUCCUGCUAUAGCUCUAUGUAUGUCUUAUGUAGGAUCUAUAUAUCUAUGUCUGUCUUAGACAGUGCUGUACUGUCUGCACUUUGCCUCUGUUGUCAGAAAACAUCCAGGCCUCUGGUGUCCACAACACACAGAAAACAUCAAGGCAGAUGACUGAGAAGCCAGUAGUAAAAUAUACAGUACUGUAACUGUUAUGUGAUGGAACAGAAUAAGCUGUUGAAUUAUUCUUCUAUUAUAUGAGUUUGUCAUGUUGACCUGAAAUUAUGAUCCUUUCCCUUCAGGCUCAAGAUCUGUCCUCUCCAACCAAGAGAGGAGGGAAACCGUCCAAGGUAGGCAGAGGAGUCCUGUUGUCUUCUUUAACGCCUCAGUUGGCAUGACAAGGUGCAAUGUGUAUUUUAGAAGGGAUUGUUUGUCUGGCUUGCAGGUGAUGUGUUGUUGUUGAUGUUGUUGCUGUUGUUGUGGGGGGAUAACAUGGCAAUAUAAUGGUAUUUUGUCAAACCAUAACCAUACAAACAUUGAAAAAUACGGACAUGCCUGCUUUCACUGAGGACUGUGACUUACUGCACUGAUUGUUUUGGAGUUCAGCUAACAGAAUGUUUGGAGUUCAGCUAACAGAAUGUUUGGAGUUCAGCUAACAGAAUGUUUGGAGUUCAGCUAACAUAAUGUUUGGAGUUCAGCUAACAUAAUGUUUGGAGUUCAGCUAAUAUAAUGUUUGGAGUUCAGCUAACAGAAUGUUUGGAGUUCAACUAACAUAAUGUUUGGAGUUCAGCUAACAGAAUGUUUGGAGUUCAGCUAACAUACUGUUUGGAGUUCAGCUAACAUAAUGUUUGGAGUUCAGCUAGCAGAAUGUUUAGAGUUCAACUAGCAGAAUGCGACUUGGUUUGUGGAAGGCUGUUUGCAAAGGAUUAUCUUAGUGACUUGUUUGGGGUUGGAGUUGGGGCUGGGGUUUGGGGAAACGUGAAGAGAACAUCAGCCUUGUUUGAGCAGCCAUGGGAUAGCCAGAACAUUCAGGAGGAGAGGGUUAAGGGACCCACGGACCAGGUGGAGAGGGCUGAUGCUGCUCAUGGGGACGAUGGACGUCCAGACUGCUAA